AUGUCCGCUCAACGACAAAGCAGCCUUUUGAAGUUUUUCGGGACGCCAGGACGAAAAUUGGAUGAGGAAAACGCUGACAGCCCGUCGACUCCAAAAGCGAGAUCUAAAAAGCCGGAGGUUUUUACCCCAAAAGAGGCACGCUCGUUAAAAAAACGUCAACGAGACGUUGAUGAGGAAGAGGAUCAAAAAGAGGAUGAAUUACGUCGAACAAAACCGAAAAGACGCGUGCUUGUUUCAAGUGACGAUGAGGAUUUUGAGGAAAAUGAACAAGGAAGCAAGAAAGGCGAUGAAGAAAACAUCACACCGCCAAAAACGUCAACAGCAUUGAUGACACCAAAGACAAAGAAGGCAUUUGGGUGCCUCUCCGUGCGCCCACAGUUGACCCCCAGCACCCCGAAGACGAAAUUUGGUGAAGACUCUGCGAUGACACCAAUGUCGACUCCCGGUUUAGCCAAAUCGUUCAUCGACUCGUUUCGCAAAGAUGAAAGUGACAAUGAAAUGGACACAACAAUUGCUUCUAUGUGCACGUUGGACAAAACGAUCUACAUGGCUGAUGGUGAACGAUCAACGAAGAAAAAGAAAAAAAAUGACGAAGAUGAUCUGCCGGAAAUUGACGGGGCGAUGGUUUAUGACCAUGAGAAAUUCGACUUCCUAAAGCGGGAAAAUCUUCGCGAUGAACGGCGACGCCUCAGCUCGGAUCCCGAUUACGAUCCAACAACGCUCUUCCUGCCGCCCGACUUUUUAAGAGAACAAACACCAGGACAUUCUCAAUGGUGGACGAUCAAAGCAAAAAAUUUCGACACGGUUCUUCUCUUCAAAGUCGGCAAAUUCUACGAGUUGUACCAUAUGGACGCCGUCAUUGCAGUGAAUCACCUUUCGUUGACCUAUAUGCGGGGCAAAUUUGCGCACGCUGGUUUCCCCGAGUCGGCCUAUGGACGUUUCGCGGAUCAACUUGUUUCUAGGGGAUUUAAGGUGGCUCGCAUCGAACAAACGGAAACCCCGGAACAAUUGGAGAAUCGAACGAAAGUGGCGAAAAAAAAGGAGAAAUCCGACAAAGUUGUGAGAAGGGAGCUCUGUCGCGUGACGACCUCUGGAACAAAAACCUAUGGCCCGAUCGAUUCGAUUGACGGCGGAAUGACGGGUGAAGCCACCGCGAAGCCUCUAAUUGCCAUCAAACAAAUCAGCAAUGGAAAUGUUUACACGUACGGGGUUUGUAUGAUCGACACAGCUGUUGGACAAUUUACCGUUGCGCAUUUCAUCGACGAUGAGUAUCACUCAUCGCUGCGCACGCUGAUUGCGAGUUUUCAACCGGUACAGGUGUUGAUUGAACGCAACUCGAUGAGCGCAACAACGCGGGCGAUCAUCGACUCGAUGCUCUCAUCAGUGCCAUGUGAACAAUUGUUGCCGAAAUCGCAAUUCCUCACCGCCGAAGCCACCGUGAAAUUGCUUUGUGGCGUCAACUACUUGGGAAGUGAUGCAUCUACUUGGCCACCAACUUUGAGACAAUAUUUGGAUUCGAACUCGACGAUCCCGCAACCGACUAAUGGUUCAUCGGCGCUCUGGAGUGCGCUAGGAGCGGUGAUUUGGUUCCUUCAACGAUGUCUGAUCGAUGUGGAUAUGUUGACGAUGGGAAGAUUCGAGGAAUACGAUCCGAGAUUGGAGCUGAAAAAUGAGUUGAUGAGUGUGCCGGGUGAAGAGAAAUGGCGGGGACGACACAUGGUGCUUGAUAGUGUCACACUGGAGAAUUUGAAUCUACUGCCGAGUGGAGGUAACGCUCGCGACUCGACCAGCGCUGCCUACUCGUUGCUCAAUGUGGUGAAUCGGUGUGCGACCUCAUUUGGUCGUCGUCUUCUCCACGAGUGGGUGUGCAAGCCGACGUGUGAUCCGGAAACGAUUCGAAAGCGACAAGACGCAAUCGAGUGGCUGCACGGGGCUUUCGGAAAUGAGUUCGCCGAAAAAGCGAACGCUGAGCUGAAGGCGAUCCCGGAUUUGGCCCGAUUAUUGCAAAAAAUCCACACCCUGGGUCUGAAAUACCGUGCUGAAGAGCACCCCGAUGCAAGAGCGGUCAUGUUUGAGGGCCCCAAGUAUAAUCGCCGGAAGAUCAAGGAUUUGCUCGUCACUUUGCGAGGCUUUGAGACAACUCGGCGUUUGGUCGACGUCUACGAUGAGUGUCGCAUGGAAGGGGAAAGUGUCGCUUUGCUGGACACGCUCAUUGGUGUCGAACAUGUGCCCGAUAUCACGGAAGAUUUGAAACAUUUCAAAGUAGCUUUCAACCACGAGAAGGCCGAAAAAGAUGGAAUCAUUGUGCCGAAACCGGGCUUGGAUCAGGAGUACGAUGCUGCUGUGGAGAAUGUGGGAGAAAUGGAGAAACAACUCGAGAAGUAUCGACGAAAACAGGAAAAGGACAAUGAUUGUAAGGUCACCUACAUUGGAACGGGACGCAAUCGUUAUCAGAUGGAGUUCCCGGAGAAGAUGAAAAUGUCACAUCGAUAUGAGUUGUCGAGCAAGAGAAAGGGAUUUGCUCGUUAUUACACCGAGGAUUUGCGGGAAAUGAUCGAUCAACUGGGAAAAGCCGAAGAGGAACGAGACCGACUACAGGCUGACUCUACGAGACGCGUUUUUGCGGAUUUUGAUACGAGGGCCUCCAAAUGGGAUUCGGUCGUGAAAAGGAUUGCCGUCGUCGAUGUGCUCAUCUCGUUGGCGAAAUUCGCACGCACUUGUGGCCUCAAGAUUUGCCGGCCAGUGUUCGAUUUUGAUGCCACAGAGGCCUACUUGAGCGUCGAGGCUGGUGUUCAUCCGUGCCUCGCCACAAAAGGACUAAUCUCAACGGGAAAUGCUGCACAGCCCUCCACCUACAUUCCAAAUGAUACAAACCUCGGCGGCUCACAUCCAUCGUGCAUGCUCUUGACCGGGCCGAAUAUGGGUGGAAAAUCGACGCUGAUGAGGCAAACGGCUGUGCUUGCCGUUCUUGCACAUAUGGGGUCUUUUGUGCCGGCUGAAUCGAUGCGCUUGACGCCGGUGGAUCGAAUUUUCACCAGAAUCGGCGCGAAUGAUCGCAUUGUUGCCGGUCAAUCGACUUUCUUCGUGGAAUUGCAGGAAACACGUCUGGUGCUCAAAUCGGCCACUUCACACUCGCUGGUGUUGAUCGAUGAGCUUGGAAGGGGAACUAGUACCUACGACGGGACGGCGAUUGCGUCAGCAGUGCUUGCCGAGUUGGCCGAUCAGCUGAGAUGUCGCACGCUUUUCUCAACGCAUUAUCACACAUUGUGUACUCGCGUUGCCGACAACCCACGCGUCUUGAUGGCACAUAUGGCGUGCAUGGUUGAGGGCGAGAACGAGGAGGAUCCGACAAUGGAAACGGUCACUUUUCUCUAUCGCCUCGUCGCCGGCAUUUGCCCCAAAUCGUAUGGUUUCUAUGCGGCGAAGCUGGCCGGAAUUCGCGAUGAGGUGGUCCGAAAUGCGUACACGGCCUCGCAGCGUCUCUCGUCGUGCACCGGAGCCGCUUCACAGAUUGAAACUCUCCGCGAGAUGGCCACCCGAGGCGAUUUUGAGCUUUUGACGCAAAUGAUCCAAGCACUU